AUGGCCAAGCCUCCCAAGAGCAGCUCCAGCAACUCCCGCCCCGCACGCACGCCGCGUGUCUCUCCCACCCACCACAGCGCCCGGCGACGAGCAGGCCCCUCCCCCUCCCCCGCCGUCCUUGGUCUCGUCGCGACUCUCGCAUCAGCCGUCACCGCCGUCGACGGCUCUCCGCUCUCUACGCCGCCCCCAGACUUCCUCUGCCCCCGCCUAGCUGCGACCCCCACCGCCCAGGCGUCCACCACCGUGCCCAGAAAUCGCCGCCGCCGCCGAGCUGCAACCCCAUCGACAUCCACCGCACAGUCCUCCAGAUCCGGGCCCGUGGCCGACAAAUACGUGUCCUGCGACGACGGGAGGUGGCGCAAAACAGACGUCUGGACACUGUAUGGAUCUACGUUCUGCGCGGGCACAACGUGCUCCGCGACACCGACUGCUACAUCGACGACAGUCAUUGACGGAGAGGCUUCCGUCACUACUACCUCAGUACCUGCCGCCAUGACAGAGAUGGACAUCUCGAACGGGGACACCCUCCCCUCAGGGUGGAACAAGCUAUCAUAUGCCCACGACGAUCCUCUCACACCAGUCAUCAUCACACUAUCAGUGGUGCUGGCCAUAGGUAUAUGCGUGUUCAUCGUGCUCUGCGUGGUGUGGCGGAGGAAGCGGACACGACGGCUGAGGGAUCCGGAGAGGCGAGGACGAAAGAAGGGCGAGGACGAAGACAGCAUCGAGGAGGGACUGCAGCGCAUGAAGUCCCAGCAGCGUUCAUGGGCAAGAGCAUCCGCCCGUUGGAAAGCGAAUGUGCGACAAGCAGCGCGACGUCGACGGAAGCACACCCCCGCUACCACCAAAGACGUUGACACCUGCUCCCUCGUCGACCGACCAGCACACUCCUCGACCAUCUCUCUCCGUUCAUCUGCCUCACAGUCGAGUUUCUCGCACAGCCUCACGGACGCUGCGUCUUCCGGUCGUCGAGACUCCUAUGACCACUCAAGCUCCGCACCCCAGGAGACGCGCUAUCCAACUAACAGACCUCCAGCAUAUCUUCCAGAACUCUCGAAUGCACCAAUAGCGCCUUCCAGGCCUUCCUCAUCCGCAGCUCUUGCAUCCUCUUCCCGUCCAGCCUACACCAAAUCGGGCCUUCCCCUCGACUGUGUGCCUCGUCUUCGUGCAGCUGACGGAGACGAUAUUCCACCCGCAGACCCCUUCAACGCUGGUCAUAUCGCGACGGAUGACAAAGCUGCGCUCGCUCGAAUGGCGUCGCUUGCGAGUGCACCGCCAUCCGUGAGCGGCUCGCGCUCCGAGGAGGCGGGAGAGCCCUCGACAUUGCUCGCUUUCGUCCCUGUUCUGGAAGACGAAUUCGAGCCUAUCCCGCCCGAACUUCGGAUCACGGACUGCGACGACAAUGUGGGGAUGUAUGCAGAUAUCUCCGGCCGGAGGGAUGCGCCAUCCCCGGAUCCGUCCUCCCACCUACCAGCUUCAGGCACCCAGACGCCCCCCUAUUCACGUGAGCCUUCCCCGCAUCCAUCCAUCCUACCCGCACCGCCUUCCAGAGGACGUCUCGCUGCGCCCACUUUCUACGAAUACCCUGUCUCGUUCGAGGAAGAUGUAUUGUCGGCUGAGCCGGAAGCGGGUCCGUCGGCUCCCCCAUUCGACCCUGGCGACACCCUCGCCGCGAGUGCGCCGCCGAUGGACCUGGAUUAUGAUUCAAUGGACUUGGGUGCGCUGCCCUCUGCACCUCCAAUGGAUGAUCUUGAUGGGCAGCCGUCGCCUGAGAUGCUGGAUGGUGACCGCUGGGACGCAGUUUCACGGCUGUCAACUCGUUCAGUGCUGCUGUCCGAGCGUUCCGCCGGUCCUUUGGUGGUGCCUGAUCAUGAUCCGCGUGCGAGCCCCCCGCGCUAUAUCCCGUAG